AACCCAUACUGUAAUAGUAGUUACUAACACCUCUACUAGGCAUCACAACCGCACUCAUUCUUUUCAAAUAAUUCUUUUCGACAUAAAGUAUUGAUCAUAAACAACCAAACAACACGGAAUCAAAUCGAAGCAAGGCAAAAGCGAUACACAGUAGCCAAGGGAAUCGGAUUCGAUCGAAAGACACCGGUGCAAUCUCUGCCACUGCAAGCAACGAACCAGCCAAUCAACCAACGAACGAAUUUACGCCCUCGAUCACCGAUCACCCAUCGCGUAGCCGAGAGAGAGAGAGAGAGAAAAAAUGAUUCCGGCCGGGACAAGUGCCAUCUAUCGGUGGAACGCGUUGGACGACUUGGACGACGGGAUUUCCGAUUCGGUGAACGACGAUCUCCUACUGGGCUCGGACGCCGACAUGAACUACUACAACCCCGACGAUAUCAGUCCUCCUGCUCGUUCCAAAAGCCUGAAUUCCCACCUUGGCCUGCAGCCAUUGGAUUCCAUGGCAUCCACCGUAGAGGACACGAGCUGCAGCAGCAAUAGCAACAGCCACGACGAGGACGAUGACACGAUCGACGAGGACGCUCUCAUUCUCGCCCUCGACGAUCGAACGAACAAAACCACACAGCAGCGCUCGUACGCCAACAAGUUGAAGCAGCUCCAGCACAUGGACUCCCUCCCUCUCUCCUCCAAGCCCGAUUCCUCUCCCCUGGCGGUGCGCAUGAAGAAGAGCGUGAAGCACGGUCACGGGAAUACCUACUACAGGAGCAACGAUGCCGCAAAGAAGAGCAACAGCGUCGUGUUUGCCCACACGAACACUAAAGAAAACGAAAACUAUCAACUGCGGAAUACCAUGGAACUACGAUCUGUCGUUCAGAGCCAUGGAACACAAGAGAAAGCACUCGCUUCGAUUCAAAAUCAUAGGCCUGCUACGGCUAUCGGCACCAUCCAGAGCGAUGGAAUGAUCGCCAUUCGAAAGGCCAACGAUAUCACCGAGUACGAGUGUAGUAACGACGACUCUGGCGGGAAUCGAAACGAAAAUUCCAAGUCAAACGGAAUGGGCGACAUCGACAGCAUCUACAUGGACAUUGAACGGGUUCCAACCCAAGAGUAUAACGAAGAGUCACUGCGGCCCUUGUCUAGGGUGGCAACGGUCCACAGCGACGGGACCUAUAGCGUCUCGACGGCGCUCGGCGACAGCUACGCAAACGCAAUCGUUCUGCACAACGGCAUCCGCAGCGGGGAGGAUGGUGCUCAUGCUAUUGUUCCUGCUGCAAAAGGUGACAUGGUUGUUGCACCCGAGAGAAUUGCCACCAUUGGUAGCGAUGGAACAAUCACCUAUCAAGAGAUCGAUAGAAACAGCAACAGCAACAGCAACAGCAACUACGGCAAGGAUAGGAACAGGGAGACGGAGACGGAAAAGCCCCGCCUCGGCAUGGUUCCAAUGUCUCCUGCCACCCCUUCUGUCACCUCCGUCGCUCCCGCUACUCCGGAAGAUGAAAGCAUCCCCUACAACAAGGUGAACACGAAAGGCGGAGAUUCCGCCCUCUCGUCCUGGUGGGAUUCCUUUCAAUUCCGCCUCGGGAAGAGCCAAUCGUCUUACGCUCCAAUUCCGAUGUCUACGCCUCCACCAUCGAAUGCAGGUAUGAAAACCACCACCAGCGAUGCUGCCAGUAAAGGUAGCAGCGAUCCCAAGCGCCCGUUGCUUCCUUUUUCUGGUCUCACUGUCAUCACAGAUACCGACAGAAAUAAUGACGACGACGAAGCAGAGGAGGCCGACGAUAUUUGCGACAACAUUGACGAUAGCCGAUACACCCGCAGCCUCCACAGCAUGCCGGUACUGGAGGAAGUCACGGAGGACGAAGAGUCUCCAAAGCACACACACCUGCCAACCCUAGACUCCGAAUCGGAGCUCGAAAGCCCACCCUCGCAGGAAGGUUCCCACCGAAGCACAUACAGCGCGUCAAACACAACCACGAACCACAACAGGGGCGCCAAAGUUUCGAACCGCGAUGGCAGUUCACGCAACGAUGAAGCGGCAGAAGCAGCAGCUACAUGGCUGGAAUUGAGGCCGUCACCGUCCGCGACUGCCACCAUGACCCCCCGCCGGACCAACGAUGGAGAUAGCGCUAGCUACAAAGCCGACGGCAGUGACAGCAGUACCAACAAUCGCGUCGAUCACCAGUUGGGAAUCGAAAUCGAGCUGUUGGAAGGGGAACCGGAAGCAGAAGCUGACGGUAUGAAAGAUGCCUCCACCAAGAGUCCACCCGAAGAUGAAACCAACGCCCUGGAAGAAAAAGAAUGCAGCACAAGCAAAAGGAAUGAUGCCGUUGUUCCGUCCUUGUGGAAUUCAAUCCGAACGCGCCUCGGAAUGAAUCAGCCAGAAUCAUCCGAUCAAGACAUGGCCUCAAAUCCUGUCGUGGUUGUAGGUUCCAAGAAGACUAUUCCACCGGGAGACACAGACCAUCUCGAAGGUGACAACAGCGAAGAAAUCUUUGAGGUGUUGGUCCUCUCGUCUUCGCCUCCGUCGCAAAAAUCAACUCAAAAGCAUUCCAUGCCAUAUGAAAACAGCAGCAGCAACAGCCCUGUGGCCAAACUACCCAUCUCGCUGCACGUGGAAACCGUAAGCACCACUAGCAGCCAAAACGGCAGUGAGCACAGUGACGGUUUACAUCACCUUGGCAGCGUGGUGGACAACUAUCACCAAUCUCGUGAUUGCGACGCGAGCGACGAAGACCUAGAGAGCGGCAAACGCAACGGUAACAGCCAUGGCAACAAUUCCAAUCGUCGUCGUCGUCGUUGUGGCAGCGGAAGAGGUCUUCGCAGAGAUCACCUUGCUAUUCUCGGCGUCUUAGUCGGGGUUUUGUUUGGUGUAGCGGCCUUUUUUGUCCUGCACAAGAUUACUAGGGUUGGACGUGAUGGCUCAAUGGGCGACACGAACACCGACGAUGACUUCUACUAUUCCUACGAAGCAAAGGACAACAAGAACCAGGACAGCACAUUUGGUAUCGCUGGGGACGGAAGCAGUUCCUUUCCAGGACGAACCAAUGUCGGAUUUGCGGAUAGAGAAAGCACCACCGAAGAAGAGCGCACCCAAGAAUGGCUAAACGAGGCGGGUUUGUGGUUUGAUGAUGUUAGCGACAGCGAUAGCAGCAGUGUUUCUCAACCUUCUUCUAGCACGAAUGAUGAUCCAAUCGUUAGCGAAGAGGGAAACGCAAAUGCGAAUGAUCUCGACAAUGAAAGCGUCGGGGAUGAUUGGACUUUUACCGACGAACUUUUCGCUGGCGAGAAUGUCGUUGACGAUAAUCAGAACCCAAUCAACAUGGUUGGAGACGACGCCCUGGAUAGUGCAAGCGAUGGAAGCCUUUCAAGCCUUUCAAGCAAUAACAGCUCGAACGUCGAAAAUGCGAACAAUCAAACAAUGCGUGUUUCGUUGUCACCAUCGGGUGCUCCUGUAGAGAUGGACUCUGUCUUUGACGAUUCUAUCACUACCUCAUCGCCUACGCUUUCUCCCACUCUGUCACCGCAGACAUACCGAACAUCGUCCCCUAGUAGCGAAGGGCAAGCGGAUGCCGUCAUCCAAGACGGAUCUGCUAUUUAUGAUUACGUUGGAAACCAAACAACGUCUUCUUCACUGUCCCCGUCGGAAGCUCCAUUUGCGUCGGCUUUAUUGUCGACCAAUACCCCUACGACUUCGUCGCCAACUGCUUCGAUGCUUUCUCUCACUUCGUUGCCGACAGCAUCGCCUACUAGCUCACCAACUGCAAUGCCCGUCAUGCCCCCUACGGCGUCUCCCACGGUGCCUAGAACACCGCCUCCCAUUUUUCCGAUUUCUGUAAUUGAAGACAUGGAUGCCAUCAAUGACGUCCUCAAAAGAGCAAGACGACAAAUCGAAUUGAUGAUAUUCGACGAUGACGAUUUGAUCGGAAAGGUAAGCCGAAUGUUGUUUUCCUUCGUAGUGCUUGAGCAGACAUCAUUGCACGGUAUUCAUCGUGAUGUGACGUGAUACGAUUCGGCUCGGUUCAAUGAGAGUGGAAUCAUUCUUACCACUUCAAUUUCCUACAUUAUUCUUGACUGCAUCGCAUUGUAGUUCCUUCGAUUGGUCUUUCAUGACUGCGUUGGAGGGUGUAACGGAUGUGUUGACAUGACCAAUCCCGAAAACAAUGGCUUGGACAAACCCAUCGACGCAUUGCUGCCGGUUGUGCAAGAAUUUGAAGGGCAGGGGCUGUCCCGAACUGACGUCUGGAUGCUGUCUGCCUUGGUUGCUAGCGAACUGGCACUUCCCUUCGAGAACAGUGAUUUGCUUUUUCCGAUGCAUUGGAUCGGGCGACAAACCUGUGAGCUUCAGUUCGCAAAGGUUGCCGCCACCGGCGUCGCCCCCCCCUGUGGAGUCGAUUUUUUUGGAAGCCCCACUGAGUGCUCGGCGAAGCGUGGGCCCCACGUGGACCAACCGCAUGGACUCAUAGGCACGAAGUCCAUCCAAAAACUAUUCGAGGAGGAAUUCGGUUUCGAUGCGCAGCAAGCCACAGCCCUCAUGGGUGCCCACUCGGUAGGGAAAAUGGCCCGAGAAAACGUUGGGUUUCGCGGGGCCUGGGACCUUUCCAUCAGCUCCCUGGACAGUGGAUACUGGUUAAACCUAGUUGGCGAUCCACCUGACUACUUUAUCGAGACCGUAGACAACCAAGACUUGCCGAACAUUCCUACCAGGCACCAAUGGAGGGGGAUUCUUCCAUCGCACGAUGGGUCAGGCGGAGGAGAACAGAGGACCGUCGCCAUGCUCAACGUUGAUGUCUCGCUAGUGAAAAACCUUCCGGACAUGGACGCUAGCGGAAGCGUUGGAUGUGCCGGGCCAGGCUUUGGUUUGUUGAAGGAUUGUCCCCCCACAAACGACGAAGAUAAAGCCACACCCUUCUUACCGUUCGUCAAAAAAUACAACUCCGACGCCCGUGGAUUCCUGACGGAUUUCCGGGACGUCCUCAAUCUGUUGAUCGAUCACGGCCACAACCACCUCAAACCAAGGCCGAACACUCUCUGUCCCAAGGACCGGGUCUGUACGUUUCGCCCCCGAUCCGAAGGUGCAAGCCACUUUGCCGUGGAAGACCACACGCCUCCGCCCUCACCUUCCCCAUCGAGGGCGCCGCCAAAGCCCUACCAGGAGCCGCCGGACGGGCAAACCAAGAUUUGGGUCGACAAGAUGUGCUACGACAGCGUGGGCGAAACCCUGGUUGUUACCUACGAUCACGUGCACGAGGGAUGGACGGACAUCACCAUCCGGUUGUACGCAGCCGAAGACGUGGACGAGAACGAACCCUAUUCGUUUGUCAUCGACGAAGACGUCGUCGACUCUCCUCUCGAGGAGUCUUUGUCGUGCGGAAGUUCCACCUGUCACACCUGGACGUCCCGGGGUGGUUUCCAGAUGCCGACCCAAAAUCUGGCAGGGCGUGGCAGCGAUUACGCGGUGGUUCUGUUCGCCAAGACGGACCAGAAUGACUCGACGCCUCUGAAACCCCUAGCGGCAGAUUCCUUCCGGCUGGAGGGAUGCGACCUGUGACACCAGUAUUCGAACAAAGCAAAAAAUCUAGGUAAUGGCAAUGAUGUAUAAUGCAUAAUGCUAAUAAAAGUAUUAGAUACGCAGUUGUAAACCAUUGAAAAGGAUUGGAAAGAAUGUAUCAAGUGUUCGGGUAUCAAUCCCGUGUCGUCCGACUUUUGACCGAGUACAUGCGUACUACGAAUUACAAAGGUAAGGUACGUAGGUGAGUUUGCAAGAAGCGACUCUGAGGAACAUAGAUUCCGGCUAAGAUUUCUUGCCGUACCAUACCGGUACGCACCUACCGGUUCAUGACGGGAGCGAUGUCUGGUACUGUAUGUGGUAGACGUGCUUGCGAUCCCGGUGUCUCUCAUCGCAGAAACACUUGCGGUGGCGUUCCGAUCGUCCAGGAGGAGCGCAACUCAAACACAAGAUUCCCCCAUCCUCCCCUGUGGUUUGACACAAAGGGAGUUGUGGGUUCCUGGGAUGCCGAGCGCAGGAAGAGGGAUGAGAGAGCACGGUCUGUUGUAUCAUGCAAUCAGAAUAAGAUUGUUCAGGACAU